UCGCUCAAGCUAAAUGCAGAAUUUUGUUCAGAUAUGAUGAAAUAGGGGCGAAAAGAGUUUUCGAGAAAAUGCUGCAGCAAAUGUUUCCGGUGUUUUAACAAAUAAUGCUACCUGUCAGAUUGUGCUACCAACACUGUGUUUUUCAUACUGUAAUGUUAUGUUUAGGGUUGGGGUAGGUGUACACGUUAAUAAAGCCUCACACAAUAUUAAUAUCAUGCUGGAAGCAAAAUCUGAUAGGUAGCAUUUUUCGCUGUCGAAUUAUGCUACCAUCUGUUUUAAUGGGAGGUAGCAAAAUCUGACAGGGUAGCACAAAUUGUCAGAACACCGGAUGUUUGGUUAUCGCACCCUUUUUAACGGUUGUUUGAUGGGCCGCUACUGAUGCUGUUUUAUUUGCAGAACAUGAUGAGCGGGUUUCAGUUAGAUAUCAGCCCUCUGAAUGAGCCCCUGGGAUUUAUACGUGUACUGGAAUGGAUAUUUGCUAUUUUUGCUUUUGCUACAACUGGGGGUUAUUCUGGCUCUAGCAGUUUCAACGUCAAGUGCCAGAACAGUGUCAACAAGGAAAUAAAUGUAUCCUUCAGCUAUCCUUUUAGGCUCAGUACCCACAGUUACAACAUCCCAAACUGCACAGUAAAUGGAACCACGUUUAAAACCAAACAUCUGAUUGGAGAUUAUUCAUCUUCCGCCGAGUUCUUUGUAGCUAUUGGAGUUCUGGCUUUCCUGUACAGCACAGUUACUCUCGUGUUGUAUCUGGGUUACCAGCACAUCUACCGUGAAUCUCCUCGUGGCCCCAGCAUUGAUCUACUGUUAACUUGGAUCUUUGCGUUUCUCUGGCUGGUGUGUUCAUCUGCAUGGGGAAAAGGCCUUACGGGUGUGAAACAUUCAACCAAUCCAAAUACGCUUGUGCACACGACUGAAUUGUGUGCCAAAGUAGUAAACAAGUGUACUGCUGGGCACAUCCCCUUAAUGGGCCGCCUCAAUUCUUCAGUGAUCUUGGGAUUCCUCAACCUUAUCCUGUGGGGAGGCAACUGCUGGUUCCUUUACAAGGAGACGCCAUUACACAAGUCAGCCAAUCAGCAAGCGGGAGCAGGACAGCCAUAAUUAAACAGCAGGUCACAUCCACAUUCAUCAAGCAGGUGUUGUUGCAGUAUUAAUGUGGUGCUACUGUGGUCCUUACUUGACCUGUGUCACAAAUUCACUAAAGGUCCUUAUAUUCAAAUAUGGUCAAAUUUAGAUGUGCAUUUUACACACUACAGCACAGCUGUAUACUUAGGAAAGGUACAAGGGCACCUUAGCAAAAAAAAAAAGAAGUUUGUACGAAGUAAAUUGCUUCAUUAAAAUGUUAUAUUUCAUCUCUUUACUGUUACAAUCAUGAGCAAAAUGUACGUAAUGUUUUUAGCUCCUGUUCACUGAAUUACUAUAUUUUGAAUUUGAUAUAUAACUUGAAUUUGAAUUUGUUUUGAUGUUGUUCCCUUUUUAUAACAAAGAAAGCUGUGCAGUACACAAUUCUGUUAUGUUUAGUCAGUUUUGCCUUUAUAAAAUAUCAUCUCGGCUUAACAUUUCCACUGUGCUUUUUGUGGUUGAAAUGUACUGUUAUUAAUUGAACUGUGUGCCUUGUAGCCUGUAUUUAAGAAAUGUUUACAUUAUAUCAGGCACGACUGUUUUUGCUUGUGUUUAAUACUGUUUGAGGCUUUCUUAAAAUAAGGAUAUAAAUCAAUAAAUAAACAAACUGG